AUGGAAUUUUCCGCAUGUUGUUGGUUGCUUGGAUGGAAAACAUCUACGGGUAAAGUGUCCAGAAAAUCUGGCAGUAUGUUUUUCAAUUACAAAGGCUAUUAUUCAAUUGUAUUACAAGGAGUUGCAGAUGCGAAUUACAAAUUCAUAUUUGUUGAUGUAGGAGCCUACGGUAAGCAGAGUGAUAGUGGUACGUUUUUAGCCUCAGAUUUAUAUGACAUACUGGAUAACUACAAAAAUUCAUUACCCCUUCCUACAAAAAUCAAAGAUACCGAAAUUGAUAUGCCAUAUGUAAUGCUUGCUGAUGACGCCUAUCCUUUAAAAGAAUAUAUUUUGAAGCCAUAUUCAAAGCGACAACUGACACAUGAAGAAAUGAUAUUUAAUUAUAGACUUUCACGUUGUAGACGUUGUGUCGAAUGUGCGUUUGGAAUAAUGUGUACCAAGUGGAGACUAUUAUACAAACCUAUCGAAACUAAAAUUGAAAAAGCAGAAAACAUUGCCAAAGCCAUAACUUUACUGCAUAACAUUAUAAUAGAUUUAGAUGGAAGCCCUAACGCGAUGGCAAUAGAAGAAGCAAUGGAAAGUUUCGAAUUUCAAAAAAAAAAUCAAGAAAUUACAAAUAUUUCACGAAAAAGUCUUAAUAGAUAUUCAAAUGAUGCAAAACAACUUAGAGAUACAUUGAAAUCAUAUUUUAACAGUCCAAUUGGAAAAAUUUAA